AUGCCCCCACCAGUAUCUGCGUAUGGAGACCAUGGCUCCCAUGGCCCUACUCUCUUCGACAAGAGUAUCCCUCCGCUCCCCCCCCCCCCCCCCCGCACCAUAUAUUCAAUUCGCUAACAAAAUUUCAGUGAAACUCGGGGCUAUAACUGGGGACCCUGUGUGCCUUCUCCACCCCUUGCCCUCUCUCCGCAUCGAUGCUAACAAGUGCCGGCAGCUGUGGGACUCUGCAUCGGCUUCAUCUUCGGUGCUCCCCCACCCCUUUCCCCUUCCUCCUUCCCCCGCAACAGCGCAACUAAUUCACAAACCAGGAGGAUAUAACCUCUUGAAGCACGGCCCAGGUCCGAACGGGUUCAUUCGUUCGCUGGGACAGUAUAUGCUCGGCUCUGCCGCUACAUUUGGGUUUGACACCUGCCCCAAUGGAGCAUAGGUUGAUUAACCGAUGGCGAAACCAGUUUCUUCAUGUCGAUCGGAACAGCGAUCCGCACGGAAACGGACUCAGUCGCCAUGAAGGAGUUCGCGAGAAUGCGCGCUGCUCCUGUGGUUCUUGAGAUGCAGCGGAGGAGGAGGAGGAGGGAGACAUAA